UGUGUUCGCAUCCAUACGCGACAACAAAGACGGUCAUCCAUAAUCCUACUUCAAAUCGGAGUUUAGUCCCGCCAGUUAGUUCUCGGUGAUUCCUAUUCCAAGCCUCUCUCUCUAGCACUACUCCUUGCAAAGCCAUUCGAUCAGUAGAAUGGGAAAGCCUGUCGCGAGCCGUUCGCGAGCAUCGACGGAGCGAUCGCCACCGCCCAAAGAAAGAAAGAGUUGCUGUCGCAUCUGUUGCUUGUCGGUGAUCCUCCUUAUAUUGCUAUUGGGUGUGGGAGGCAUUCUCGUGUGGCUGUUUUUCCCGGAGGAGACCAAGUCGCAAUUGAACAAUGUCGUCAACACGACCGGGAACGUUCCGAAAGUGCCCAGCGUGACGAUACCAGGAACCGGUGGCGGUUCUGCCCCCGAGCCCACCUACCAAUUCAUGCAGUGCACGGACCCUUCCGUGUGCUGCAACGGACUUUCCACGUUGUGUGACGCCACCGUGGAUUCCGUCAUGUACGCGGCCCUUCACAACGCCAUGGCAACGUCGGAGGAUGGAUUCUUCCUCGGACCUAAUCACGACUACAAACUGGAAGACGCUUUGAAAUGGGGUUACCGCGGUAUCAACUUGGACAUUGGAAAUUGCAACGGCGAAUUGCAAUUUAUACACGGGCGGUGUCUACUAGGCUCGCGAAACGUGGUCGAAGUGCUCACUAACAUCAAUACGUUCCUGACGGAGAAUCCGUCAGAAGUCGUAAUUCUGCCUCUACAAAUUGACAACAGUGUGGGAGCCGGAACAAUCGACCUCUUUGACAUCUACAGCAUCAUGCAGAGUGUCCCUGGCUUUACCGACCGCAUGUACGUGCACCCUGAAGUAACCACCGAGUGGCCGACCCUUGGCGAACUCGUCGAGACCGACAAACGCAUUCUUUUCUUCCACUACGGUGGUCCCUCGUGUUGGGACAAUUCGAGUCCGUGUCCACCGGGCUUUCACGAUUGGUUCUACUACGGGGCCGAAACACGAUUCUCUUUUUCCGACGUGGACGCAAUUCGCGACACCACCUCCAGUUGCGAGAUUACUCGCGGAGAAAACUCUCGGCGCCGCUUUUUCAGCGUCAACAAUUUUGUCACCCUACCCAGCAGCAACGCCGCUGGUGUCCUAAACAGGCUGAACUUUGUCCAACAACAUGUCCAGCAGUGUUCUGCUUUGAAUGAUGGACUGGACGUGAAUCUGGUCUUUGUGGAUUUUUGGCACAAGGGUAAUUUGCCCGAAGCAGUUCAACUCCAUAAUAGUGCUCUCGCACGCAGAUUGAUUCAAGACAACGGUACUCGGAAGCUAUUGCGUUCACCACGGCAGACGUAUAGUAAACGGGACAUUUGAUUUCAAAUGUAUCGAUCCAUCGAGGUUGCACGUGCUCACAUCAUAGUCAUACGCGAAAAUAUAGAUAGACUAUUUUGAAAAAAUAUGUAGAAAACGACGAUUGUCUUUUAA